AUGCAUAACUUUGGUAUCCUCUUCAUUUGGGCGCUGGCCGCGUGUAUCCUGUGGCAAGGAUUCUUCGCGAAGGGCCAGUCGGGUUACAUUUGCCUAAUUGAGGAUCCAAAACAAAAUCAAUACGACAGCAUUUGUCUGACAGAACUGAGCUCACGGCUUAGCGAAGUCGUCAAAGCCCAGAACGAAGGAAACAAAAAGCUGGAGAGAUUGGAGGUGAAAAUAGAAAAAACGCAGGACAAGCUACUUCAGGAGGUGCAAAGCAAACUGGAGGGCCAACAUGCCAAUAUGGAGGCCAAACUAGAAGACAGUCUGCUUGCGGUGAAGACCAAGCUGGAAGGACAACAGGUGGUACUGACCAAGUUGAAGGUCUCCCAAGCAAAACUCGAAGGAAGCCUUCUUGCGGUUCAGGCAAAGCUUGAGAACCAACUUCAGGCGGUUGUUAAUCAACUGCAGGCAAUGUCGAACAAAAUGGAUGCUGCAAAGGUGGCAGUCCAUGCGAUUACAAUACAAUCUGGUUUUGAGCUAAUCGGUACCAGAUAUUUUCAAAUUGUAAAAGAAGAAGUGAAUUGGGAGACUGCUGAGAGAAGAUGUCGUGAGAUGGGAGGUUACUUAGCCUCCUUUCGAAAUGAAGAAGAAAGUAAUGCCAUUAGACCAAGACAUGGUGAUUAUGACUAUUGGCUAGGCAUUAAUGAUCAAGAGAAUGAGGGCCACUACGUAUCUGUGGCCUCACAAAAGCCAGCACCAUUUUUAAAGUGGGCUAGGGGAGAACCAGACGACACAAACCAUGAGCAAAACUGCGUCUAUUGGUAUAAUGGCGAAAUGAGUGACAUCGAUUGUAAAACAGAUGCCGUUUAUUUUAUUUGCCAGGCGGACAAAGAAACUUAG